CUGAAGUGGAAGCCGAGGGCUUCGAACAGGAGUGCGAAGAUGAAGAAUUAGCCUUCGUGUACCAGGUUGCGGAGGACGAAGCUCAAAAGGAGGCGAUGACGGUCACUGUUGCUGUGCCACCCCCUCGAAAUGACUGUGGUGAACCUAGUACCUCCAGGCCGUUGGACCCUACGCCUCUGAGGAUAGCCCCCGGCAAUAAAAGGAAGAUGAAGUCGAAGAGGGCUGCCCCCAAGAAGAAGGGUGUUGCCGCUGGUGCUGGGGGGCCUGUUGAAAUGCCAGAGGGGUAUACCUGGCUAAAUACCGAGGCCCUCGAUAUCAAGUCGAAGGCGGACAAGGCUGAUUUGUUCUUUCACGCAGCUGCACGUUGGGCCCUCGGCCGAAGUGGUGGAGCCAGGCGUCGAUGAUUUGCUGUCCCGGCCACCCGAGGGAUGUAUUGCCGUCCACAUCCUGUCGGUGUCAAUGGGCCUCCGGUUCCCCCUGCACCCAUUUCUCUGGGAGUACCUCAGGUUCGUUGGACUCAUCCCUUGCCAACUUACCCCCAACAGCCAUUCAUAUAUUGCUGGCUUCCUGCACCUGUGCCGGACGAGGGAUGUUACCCCAAGCUUUGACCUCUUCUUCCAAAGCUUCAACUUGUGCCGAGGGGGGCACGCGAAUGCCGAGGGCUUCGCCAAUUUGCAGCAGGUAGCGAAGUUCAAGUUGUUCACCGAGGCGCCCUCGUCCAACAAGGGCUGGAAAGACAGAUGGUGCUAUGUCCGGUUGGCCGAGAACCCCUUCCCGAGGGAGCUAAGGGACCGCUUUCGGCGCCACGAGAAGGUGGGGAGUAUCGCCCUAGAGAAGGAUGGCCUGAAACUCGCCAAGAUCCCGGAGGGUCGGAAAAAGAACAUAACCAUCAAGGAGUGCACCCUCGAGGAAGACCUAUAUGCCCUCGGAUUCCUGAGGUAUCGGUUCAUUGGGGAGACCGAUGAGAAGUAUCCCCUCUAUGAUAAAUCCUUCGGGGGAGCAGGAGGUAGUGGCCGAGGGCUACGGCUUUUAUACUUAGAAUUUUUUUUGUCAUGUUUGUCGUUGUGUCUCUGACCCCUCGGUUCUAACCUUUUAACUUGUUGUUGUCGUUCUUUGCAGGUAGCAAGAUGAAUGCCAAUGCUCUGUUUGCAAAGAGGAAGGGCAAAACCCAGGCAAAGGAGAAGGGGCCCUCGGGCCAGAAGCCAGCCGAUGCGUUUUUCCCGAAGGACGUAGAGCCUUCUGCUCAGGAUGUCAAUGCUGCUGAGGGGACCGGGGGGUCGAAGGCCGAGGCGGCCGUGAAGAAGAAGAGGAGUGGUAAGGGGGUGGAGCCCCCUACCAAGAAGCAGAAAGCCGCCGGGGGCGCUGUUGAGGGGGCGGCCCCCCUCAUACUUAUUGAUGACAUGCCCUCCACUGAUGGGCCUCUGGCGUCGGCCACCCCGAAGGCUCCGGUGAAUCUCCCCCCGGAGGAAUUACCCCGGGAGAUCCUUCAACUCUCCCUUUCCCCCGAUGUUUCACUGAUGCACGGUACUGCCGAGCCGAGGGCCUUCCUGCGGGGCAUCACCUCGAAGAUGGAUAGAGAAGUCUUCGAGACAUACGAUGAUGAUGCCCUCGAGAAUAGGAUCCUCCGGUCCUCUCUCACUGCCUGCAUAGCCCUCGGGGAACAGGCCCGGAGGCGUGAGGAAUGGCGCCUUCACGAGGCCGAGCAAGAUAAGAAGAUGGAGGGGCUGAUUCGCAAGAACUCUGAAGCGAUGAAGCAUGCUGCGCGGCUGGAGGAGGCCCUCCAGGAGGCGAAGGCGGCGGCGGAGAAGGCCAAGGCCGAUGGCAUAGCCGAGGGCAAGGCAGAGGCCGAGAGGGUUGCUGCCGAGGCGGCGAAGAAAGCUGCCGAUGAGGCCAAAACCGCCAAGGAGGGGGCUGUGGCCAAGGCCCGAGAGGAGGCAGUUGCUGAGCUCCUUGCCGAGGGCUGGAGGGCCGAGGGACAUAAGGAGUGGGUGGCCUCCGUGGUGGCGGCCUCGGUGGAUGCUUGGGUAGAAGGCCUCGGGGUUGACUGGCUGACAGAUAGGGGCGACGCCUACUACCAGGGGGGUGAAUUCUUUACCCAGCAUCUGAUUUACCGGAGGCUCGCCAGGCACUUUGGCGUAUCCCUCGACCAAUUUGACCCCUCAGCAUACGGCCUCCCUCCAUUGCAACCAGAUGUGAGAGUUCCCCUCCCCCCGGGCGAAGAGCGGCCGACGAUAUACGACUCUGUGAUGAUGGGGGGUGAUGGGGGCGGAGCCGUCGGAGGUGAUGCUGCUGGGGAAGAAGUCUCCUCCAAAGCCGCCGUAGAAGAUGCCCUCGGAGAUAAUGAUGCUGAAGUCACAGAGAAGAUCUGUACUUAGUCAAUUUUUGAAAAAUCUUUGUAAUGAACCUUUGUCACCCCUCGGCUUUGGCCCGUAUGUAACAGUUACACUGACUUUCCUUUUGAUGAUUGAUGGAUGAAUGUUAGCCUUCAGGCUUUUGUAUAUGAAUGUGUUGUCCUUCUUUUCUUUUGAAUGUAUGC